AUGGUUUCAUCUGCGGACAGGCAAGGAUCCGGGCACUCCUUGGAAGCGCAUACCGAGCUUGUUAAUUGGAUUCUCAGUCAAGGUGGCUCGCUCAAUGAUUGUGUGCGUGUUGCGCAAGACGCCUCGCGCGGGGUCCACAUCCAAGUCAAGGCCGACUGGCCUCAUCCCAUCAGCCCGGAGACCAGGGUGCUGAGUGCCCCGAUGGGAGUGACAAUGUCAUACUUCAAUGCCAUCGGAUUCCAAUCGUCACAGAUAUCCUUUUCUCGACAUGGCGUGGAGCUACCACAGGCGUUUAUUGACUCGGUGGCUGUUGAGGAGACCACUACCUUUUUCCUCAUGGGUCAAUAUCUGCGUGGAGCUGAGGGCUUUUGGUACCCUUAUUUGAGAACGUUACCACAGCCGGGAGACCUGACUACGCCACUGUUCUUCGGGGAAGAGGAUGUGGACUGGAUUCAGGGCACUGGUAUUCCAGAAGCGUCCGUGCAACGGUAUGAGAUUUGGGAUGAGAGGUAUGAGCAGUGCAUGUCGAAACUAGAGGAGGCCGGAUUUGACGGCCUUGAAGACUAUACAUGGGACCUGUAUCUUUGGGCUUCAACCAUCAUCUCUUCGCGGGCAUUCUCUCCUAAAGUUCUCUCCAGUGUUAUGGAAGCUUCAAAGGUCGGAGAAGAUACUGGGGUUUCUGUGCUCUUGCCACUCAUCGACCUUCCCAAUCACCGUCCGCUCGCGAAAGUGGAAUGGCGUGCAGGCACGUCGGAUGUCGGGAUGGUCGUGCUGGAGGAAAUAGGGCCUGGUCAAGAGAUCUCUAAUAACUAUGGUCCUCGUAACAAUGAACAACUGCUGAUGAACUACGGAUUCUGUCUUCCGAACAACCCGACCGACUACCGCGUCAUUAAGCUGGGAGUGAAGCCAGAUAGUCAUCUGAGUCGAGCCAAGAGUCGUCAAAUUGAGAUGUUCCCCGAUAUGUCGAACAACAAAGAAGAUCAUUACUACAUCUUCAGUGUCUACUACCCACUGCUUGGACCGAACACGGCCAUGGAGCAUUCUGUCUUCUCGCCUGCGCUGUUCAACUCACUAAUGAUUAUGCACGCCAAUGAUCGUGAACGCAAGCAGAUCGAAAUAUCUGAAUCGUCCAUGUCAAUUCCAUCGGCCUAUGGAAACGGACACAGCAUGCUGGCAGCACUAUCACAAAUUUGCUUUGAAUUGAUCUCACAUAUUAUGAUGCUGCAAGCUAGUGCCCCUGAACGUCAGCGCCAACCCGAGAACUUGAAGCAAACCUUCGCCCAGAUUUAUCGAGACAGCCUUCUGACACUCGACAAGGCUGCCCUCAUCGUCGCAACAUGGACACUUAAACGAGCCCGCGAACACCAGAAGGGUGAGACGUGGGAAGACGUGAAAACGAUGUUGAAUGAACACCUUGCCCAAGUUUCAGAAGGCCAUUUCUCCCCGGAGACCUUGUCCAGAGUACGUGUCCGCAUCUUGGAGCGCGAAUCCCUACUCAAGCGCAAUGGAGAACUGUUCCGCCUGGGCGAAUUAUUCAGUCUACUGCCUGUCGACAUGCAAGCGCCAGGUCGCGACUGGUUCAACAACAUUCUCGCACAAGCCAGUCAAUCCGUACCUGCCUUGCAGACGAGUCCCCAGGCAUUGUUUUCUAUAGUCGUUGCAUUACUUGUCGCAACUGGGCGGUCACAACAAGCACGACCACAUCUGCCUGCGCGCUUAACGCAGUGGGUGGACUUUCUGGUGGAGCAGUACCCGGUAUCUGAGGUCAUUGUUGAAGAGAGUGAAUUACUCAGUCAGCUCAACAACUUCGCCGAUACUGACAAUGCUUAUUCGAUCGCAAGCCAGGUCGGUGUGGAUUGGUUGUCUGAUGUUGGUGAAUGGAUGAAUUCAAAGUGGUUGACAUGGGCGAUGAAUGUGGCUGACUCGGAAAUGGUGUUGAUUCCUCAUGAACCAUUGCAGAUCUUGGCCGCCGAGAACCCAGGCCUUCCAAAGCUCGGGUGUCUGUAUGUGCCACAAAUCUAG